UCCGACCGUUACAAGUUAUUUCUUAAAGAACUAGACGGAUUUUUGUUCAGCCGUUUCGUGCCGUUUGUCGUCGAUUAAAACUAGUCGAGAACUUUCAAAGUGAAGUUGUCAAGUUGCUGCGUAACAAACAUGAAUGAAAAAUCAUUCAUUUCGCGUUUAAAUUAUUUCGAUCGAUUGAAGCAUAAAUCGUGUAAGAUUGACGAGGGUAUCAAUAGCCUCGCUGAAACCUGGAAUACGCCGCAUCUACUAAUUGGCGGUUAUGCUGAACGUACUGCUACGAUAAAUGCGUAUCUGGAGGAGGUUAGCGAAGCUUUGGACAGCACUGAUAAUGCAGUGGAGAAGUUUCAAUCGGAAUUAGAACCAUCAUUGAAAGAGAUGGAUUGUUUUUUGGAAAAGUCGGAAGAAAUGUAUAAGAAUUUAAAGGAGCAGUGUGAUAAUUUAGACAUUGUUCUAGCAGAAUAUGGCUAUCAUUAUGAAGAAAAUGACAAUGUUCUAGAAAAGAGUCAUCGAAAUGAUGAAGACCAUAUAAAUUAUGAUACUUUAAAAGUUGAGGAGACAUCUGAAGUAGAAGUUGAAUUCACACCUGAUAUGAAAUGGAAAUGCAAGGCUAAGUCCAAGGAAACAGACAUUUCCAAUAUGAAUCAGAAAAAUCCACCUAUUACAAGUAUUGCUACACCAGUAAUCAAGAGUCUAAAGUCAGUUCUUCAAGCAGAUCAUUUUAUUAAAAAAUGAUCAUUUUAUUAAAAAAUGAUCAUUUGUAGGCAACACAUUUGUAUAAUUGUAUGAUUGAUAAAAUUAUGUUUGUGUGAUUUAAAUUAUCUAAAACAUUUUAUGAUGUAAAGGAAAUAAUGUUAAUGCAGUGAACCAAUUUCAAAUCUUAGUAACAUUUUUGGACAAAAAAGAUAUAUCUAGUCAAUUAUAUUAUAAUAAGAAUGUUACGUAUUAUUAUAAAAGUAUGCGUUAAAUAUAGUAACAAAAUAAAAGGUAUAAAUACUUAUGUUUAAAUUUCUCAAAUAUUAAUAUUUAUACAUUUUCUGCUCACAUAUGUGAGUAAGGCAUGUAAAAAAGUCUAAGAAAAAAAUAGCCUAAGAAUUUUUAUACAUAUUUUUGUAAUAAUUUUAUAAUUU